AUGACUACACCAAUUCAUCCAUCCAAUCAAGACUGCUUGUCCGCUUUCUUGGAUUCACCAUCAGAAAAUGCUCGCCACAGUCUUCACCACAGCCCUGUGUCACCCAUUACCCGUCGUGGAGCUAAUAUCCAACGUGGAUUUCCCUUUUCACCACAACGCAAUUACCAACGUUCUCCUCAACUUUCUAUUCCAUAUUCACCGCAACGUAACCUUCAAUGUUCACCUCAAUUCCAACGUAUAACUCCAGGAACUCCAUCCAAUCGAGUUUAUAGUAUUCUCACCGAGCAGGAUCAUUCAUUUGGCCGAUUUGUGGAACCAGUAUCCUCACAUCGUAUAUCUGAGACCUCACAUUCCAUCAUCAGAUCUGCUCCCGAUCCUUUGCAAGAAUUGUACUUUAGUGCCAUGGAUUCUAAUUCUUACGAAACUGCUAUAUUCUAUGCUGAAAAAAUGGUGGUCUUAUCAGGUUCAUAUGAAGAUAUCCAUAAAUUAGCUACGGCUUAUUACCAAUCACGACAAUACGAAAGAACUUUGGCACUCUUAAACAAAGAAAGAGGCCUGAGUCGUUUUUUUGAAGUUCGUUAUUUGGCUGGAUUAUGCGCCAUAGCAUUGGAAAAAUGGCAAGAUGCUUUGGAUUAUCUUGGCCGUUCAAAUCCAUUCCCUGAAGAACAAGCACUAAUGUGUUGUGAGCGUGGAAAAGUUUAUUUGAAAACUGGAAAUACUCAAAAUGCUAUGCAAUCUUUUAAAGAUGCUCUUCAUAUUGAUCUACGGUGUGUCGAAGCACUGGAGUUGAUGGUCCAACACAAAUUAAUGGAUGAAGAAGCAGAGUGGGAAUUUAUUACUACCUUACCCUAUGAAAAACAUUGUGGAUCCCAUGAGGAAUUUUUUAGAUCGAUGUACACGAUGAAAAUAAGACGGUUUUCGCACAUAUCAGAUAUCGAAGAAGCCCAAAUAAAAGCAGAAAGAAACUUUAGAUUACAAAACAGUGUUGAUUUUCUACGAAGUAAAGCAGACACACUUCUGGCUAAUAGUCGAUUUUCAGAUUGCCUAGAGGUUUGCCAAAAGAUCCGCCGAGAAGAUCCGUAUUACACACACUCUAUACCAACACACGCUACAUGUUUAUACGAACUUGGGAUGAAAUCUGAACUUUACCGUCUUGCCCAGGAUCUUGCUAAUACGCUGCAAGAUGAUAGCGUAACCUGGUACACAGUAGGACUUUACAACUUAUAUAUCAAAGACUAUGCCGAAGCAAAAUAUUAUUUUAGAGUGGCGUUAGCUUCUGAUAAACUCAUGGAAAAAGCAUGGCUAGGAUCAGGCAUUGCCAGUUCAUACCUUCAUAAUUAUGAUGCUGCAAUUGAAGAGUUUACCACAUGCAAUGAACUAGUUACAAGUUCACAUCUGCCAUAUAUGUAUAUUGGAAAACAAUACAUGAGUUUGGGUGAUAUGGAUAAUGCUCUAGAUAACUUGAGUAAAAGUUAUGAUAUGUGCAAAACAGACCCUUUUCUACUAGUUGAAUUGGCUGUUUAUUAUAUCAACAAAAAGGACUACAUCGGCGCACUGGAAUACUUACGAAAAGCACUUGCGCUUUCAUACAAUCGGCAGGGUCCCAUGAGUCAGAUGUGGGAAGCUCUUUGGUGCAACUUUGGGCACACGUAUCGUUAUCUAAAAGAAUACGAUCGUGCAUUUAACUGUUUUGAACUAGCUAUGAGCUACAAUCAGAACAAUCCAGAUAUUUACACAUCAAUGGGUAUUAUCUGUCAUAUCAAAAAUGAUUUUGGAAAUGCUAUUUUGCAUUAUCAAAAGGCAUUUGAAAUAGGCAAAAAUAAGAAUUUCAUAAAAGAGUUCUUGAACAAAGCAUUGUCUCAUUACUCAAAGCAACUUUCAACUCAGCAGAAUAUCCCAGCCUUGACACCAUCAAAUAGGUUUAAUAUUGGACAAGUAUCCGAACCAACUGGCGAUCAACUCGAAAAAUUUGUUGAAGAAGAGUAUAAUGUGGCCAUUGGUAAAACAAAUGCUAUGGAUUCUGAGUUUGCAGAAAGGAGUUUUUGUGAUGAUUCUUCUGCACAGAUGGAUAACAUCAUCCUUGAUGACUGA